GUUGAUGACACCGUUGAAAUGUUACCAAAAUCAAGAAGAGCUCUCACCAUUCAAGAGAUCGCUGCGUUAGCGAGAUCUUCCCUGCAUGGUAUUUCCCAGGUAGUGAAGGACCAUGUGACAAAGCCUACAGCCAUGGCUCAGGGCAGAGUGGCCCACCUGAUAGAGUGGAAAGGCUGGUGUAAGCCCAUGGACACUCCAGCAGCCCUGGAAUCGGACUUCAACUCUUACUCGGACCUCACUGAGGGAGAGCAGGAGGCCCGCUUCGCUGCCGGUGUGGCAGAGCAGUUUGCCAUAGCGGAGGCGAAGCUGAGGGCCUGGUCGUCUGUGGACGGCGACGAGUCCAACGAUGACUCAUAUGACGAGGACUUUCUGCCUGCCAACGAGCCCACCACACAGAGCACAGAUGUGUCAUCAUAUCCGCCCUACUUGAAGGACCUGAUCCACAGCCAGCUUUGCCAACACCUGGGCCUGCGAGGGCCCUGUGGCGAGGGUGGAGGAGGCGGCGGAGAGGGCGGUGGCAGCGGAGAGCCCUCCCCCACGGCGGGCUCCCCGGACACCUUAUGCUCCAGCCUCUGCAGCCUGGACGAGCAACACCCGCUGCUGCGCGACCUGGGCGGCCACCGCGGCACCCACUCCUACAGCAGCGCCGCCGAGCUCGCCGCCAAGAUCCUGUCGGCGCUGCAGGGAGGGGAGGAGCUUCUGCUGGCCCGGCUCCAGCGGGCGGCACAGAGCGGGCUUGGCGGCGGCGGUGGCGGCGGCGGUGGCGGUGGCGGCGGCGGGGACUCCGGGUUCCACAGCCUGGGCGGAGGUGGGCGGGGCAUCAGGCCCUGCGGGGGUCAGGACUCCCCUUGCUACUCCAUGUCUUACUCUGAGACGUACCUGUCACCCGGCGAGGACGACGACAGCACCUGCAAGGACUAUGAGAGCACCGUGUGCCAGGUGGAGGCCGAGGGCAACCCGCCUGCCUACGACCCCCGCAGGAGGGUCUCCGAUGUGGCCUCCUCCGGGGUGGUGUCUCUGGACGAGGAGGACGAAGAGGAGGAGGAGGAGGAGAGGGCAGCAGAGCCAAACGACAGUGUUUAA